GCAACACAAGGCUGAUACGGAACUCGACCAUCUUUCCCAAUAUCGUGUCUCUACACCCGUUCGACAAGUACGAGCUGGUGAAAUUUACAGGCUAUCUGAUAGACAAGUACAAGUGGCAGCACAUCACCGUCUUCUCGGACCAGGACAACCGGGCUUUCUCUACUACUGGCGAGACCUUCUUUGC